AUAUAUCAUCUCAGAUAUCUGGAGCCUCUAAGGGAUAUACUGCUUAUAUGUAGUAUGUUAUAUUUACAUGUACACCAGCCCAUGGCUCCGGACGGAUCACCCCUCUAAUUUUAACCCAAGUCUGAUGAAGCAUUCAGAUUCUGACACAGGUGAAUUACCAUGUAAUUAAUUAGCCUCGCAUGUAUACACAAGUACACUUCUGACACAUAAGUAUGACCAUGACCCCAUGGCCACCAUUAUAUCUUUAACAGUGCAUAUGAUCACCACCAACAUCACCCAGUCACCCUGCUGAGUAUGUGCUGGUCUCUCUCAUAGCCAGUAUUGGCCUUGCCCUAUCAUGUGUAGUUCUCACGAUCAGAGGAUAUUGGCAGGGGAUGUAGACAGCUUCAUAUCCAGCUGGUUGUUGGACUUUUCAGGAAAUUGUGUCUUUUGUGAUUUACCUUAGAUUUGUGUUUGGACUACUUCACAUGUUGUUGACUGGUCCAGCUGUAGUGGCCUGAACUUGACCACAGCUGGUCAGUGGUGGACAGUGGUACUCUAGGAUUAUGUAAUAUCUCUUGUUUCCUAGUUAAUCAGCUGAUAUGACCUGGCAGGUAGUGGUCUGACUACUGUCACCAUGGAUACUCUUGGCUGACCUUGUGCGACCUUGUGGAUUGCCCAGGAUGAACCGCCUGUGACAACAGGAAAGACUACUGUGUUGAACCCACCUCAUACCAUUCAUUGAGCCAAGAGAAAUCCACAUUCCAAAAUGACGGACCACCAGGAUUUAAUCGCAGAGAUUGCCUCUGUAGAGAAGAUGGCCACACAGGAUCGACUGAAACAUGCAAAGAAACGUCGAUCCCAGCAGCUUAAAAAAUGGGCAAACUAUGAAAAGCAACUAGAAAAGGAUUCAAAACGUAAAAAAUCAAAAACUCAACAACGAAGGAGUGGGAACCGGGCUAGGGUGCGAUUCCCUGGCAAGAUUGUUCUUCUGGAAGCAGCCGCCAGGAACGAUAUUGAUGAUGUACGGAGACUUUUGACCCAGGGAGUGAACCCUAACUCCACCAAUGAGGAUGGACUGACAGCCCUUCACCAGUGUUGUAUCGACGACAGUGAAGAGAUGCUGAAGCUUUUGCUAGAGUUUGGCGCCCAGGUGAAUGCUCAGGACAGUGAGAUGUGGACAGCGUUACACGCCGCCGCCACCUGUGGUCAUGUGCACCUCUGUAAACACCUCAUAGACAAGGGGGCAGAGCUUUUAGCUGUGAAUGCUGAUGGAAACAUGCCAUACGACAUUUGUGAGGAUGAAGUGACCUUGGACUAUAUAGAGACAGAGAUGGCUAAGAGAGGCAUCACGCAGGAAGAGAUAGAUGAUACCAGAUUGAUAGCAGAGAAAGAAAUGUUAAAAGAUAUGGAGUACAUUGUCUCUCAGAAUGGCAACUUGGAGUAUUACACAGAGAACGGUACAACUCCUCUCCACAUCGCAGCUGCCAAUGGCUUCAUACAUGUAGCUGAAUUUCUGUUGGAUCAUCAUGUUUCUGUGGAUAUGAGAGACCGGGACUCGUGGCAACCAAUCCAUGCUGCAGCUUGUUGGCUUCAGCCUGAAAUGAUAGAACUACUAGUAAGGAAUGGUGCCGAUAUUGACUCUAAAUCCAAAAAUGGCGAGACUCCUUUUGAUUUGUGUGAGGACGCUGAAAUAAAACAGAAGAUCCUAGACAUGAAGGAUGAGAUAGAGAACAACAAAGCCAGUCGAUCCAAAGACAAUGUCCGACGACAUAAACACAACACAAGAUCGGGUACCUCUUCCACCUUCUCUAAUAGUUCCGCCUCAUUAUAUAGUUCCAGUACCUCUCUGAGUGACAAACCACACAGACAUAAGGGAGCAAACCAAGAACAGCACCUCAGUGCCUCCAUCAGGAGAAGUAGUAUGCGUGGGGAGAAAAAUCCACUGUUUAUGAAGGAAGCCAAAGAGGAGGCGCUGCAUUUUGGAUGGAGAAAGGAUAAUAAUGACGAUAUUGUGGAAGAUGAAAAGGAAAACCUUCCCUCAACAAAUAUUGAUGAUGUGCAGCUUAUAAUUGAUGAUGGUGCGGAAGACAAGAGGAAGCAGCCCCAAUCCUUGAUCGAAACUUCACUCAACGGCAACACUGACACUGUCGAGUACACUCGCAUGAUUUCAGAUACCAUAGACAUUCGUAAGCAACAGAACAGAAAUAGUAAAUCGAAAUCACCUAAUGAAACAAAAACUGUGAAUCGAACUUCUACUACAGACAGACCUUCUGCCCCAGACCAAACAGCCAAUCAGCAGUCAGGUCAAGGGACAGCUCACCAGGGGGGUCCUGGGUUAACUAAGAAACGCAGCUUUACACGAAAGUCAGAACAAAGCCCACCGCAAAGGCAGAAGGCAGAACCAUUGGAAGAGGAGCAGCUUACUGAAGAGGAAGAUGGUGAAGGAGAAUCUGGGUCAAAGGUCAGGUAUCCCUCAGGAACGCCCUCGAUUACUUUGUCUGACCUGAAAAAGCACAGGUCUGAGUCGCGUAGUCGUGAGAACAGUGUAAUUGACACGCAGGUGCAGAACCUAUUCCUUAGUAGCCUCAACAGUAACAACAAGAAAUACAGCAGUUCUUCACUCCCCAGGGGGGACAACUCUGAUCACCAUACUGAUAGCAACGGCCACAAUAACAAUAUGAAGUCUUAUCCUAAUCAUUCAGAAAAUAUAAGGCGCUUCACUGCACCCGGUCAUUCACCAGCUGUUGGAGGAGAGGAGAAGCAAGGCUGCUGUGUCAUUUUGUGAUGCAUGCUGGGGGGGUGUUAGAUGUUCUCUUUAUAUGCAACAAAUGAUAUAACUGCAGGAAUGGUAAAAUGGUUACCAUGUAAAUUAAAGAAAUCAUUGCCACAGGAACUACCAAGGGAAUUGUUACCAUGGGAAUCCCUAGCCAGUGAAUCAUUGAUACAUGAAUUGUUACCAUGGGAAUCUUUGUAAUGGAAAUCGUGAACCCAGACCUUUCCUACUGGAAUCAUGACCAUGAGGAUUUUUUACCAUGGAAAUCAUCAAAGCAGUUCUAUGUGAAAUCAGUAGUUUUGUUGAACAUGUAAAGUGACAUUUAAGAUAUUUUUGGAAUUCGAGACUGAUCUAUUGUUCUAUAUUAUUAUAUGUAUUAUCAUUGGAAAAUUUUAAGUGGAUCAAGUAGCAAACAGGAUCAAAUGACCCCAUGACAUUGACUUCCAUAUACAGAAGUCAGGUAUGUUUUUACUAGUGUAAACUGGCACCCAAUAAUCCAAGUUGGGCACUCAAAAUAAUGAGGACAUCAAGAAUUCAUAUAGAAACUCUUCAUGUUGAUAUGACAAGGGGAAAGAUCAACGUCUGAGCUAUAUUGUUAACUAGGAACUUGUAACCAUGCCGACUAUGGUAUGUUACUAGGGGUAUCUAGUAACCAUGCCGACUAGGGUAUGUUACUAGGGGUAUCUAGUAACCAUGCCGACUAUGGUAUGUUACUAGGGGUAUCUAGUAACCAUGCCGACUAUGGUAUGUUACUAGGGGUAUCUAGUAACCAUGCCGACUAUGGUAUGUUACUAGGGGUAUUUAUCAAGGAGUAAACCUAUCAUAGAACCAUUAACAGUACUACAUCUGUAUAGGACAGGAUGUCAGAUUACACAGGUUCAGUAUGCUUGGAUAUAAUUCUGUGACUAUAAGGUAUAUACAGGUUUAUAUUGAUAAAGGAAUGUAAUACAGGUAUAUCUAGGUACAGAUUGAUAUACAGGUGUAUCUUGGUACAGGUGUAUAGAAAGGUAUAUCUUGGUACAGGUAAAUGGACAGUUAUGAUUUAUUACAGGUGUGUGGAAAUGUCCACUAAAGAGUCCGAGGAGAUCCAUAAUAUCAAAGAUUCUGUACCUUAAUCUGAAACUGGUUUUAUUAAGGUAAUAAAUCUAUAGUAGAUAGAUAUUAUUUAUUGCACUGUAGCUUUGCAGAACUAGCUUUGAAUAUUAAUGAAAUUAAUAAUCACAGAAGUAAAAGUGAAAAUAAUCUGAGUAGAUGUAGGCAGCUUAAACAAGUCCUCAAAGCAUGAGUAUGUCCUGUUGAGGCCACACAAUACCGAGGGAUUCUCUCAGCGAUUUCAAUAGUAUUCAAUUACAGGUCUUAACCAAAUGCUCAAUUAUUGAUAAAGAUUUUUUUCUAUGUAGUUUUGUGAUGAGAAUGUUCUAUUGUUUUUUUCCAGUGAUAGGUCCAAUGGUUAUUACUUAGUUUUGUCAAUAAGAAGUGUAUAAUACUGUACGUGAAAACUUCCUCAGAAAUCAGACAGACAGGACUUGUCUCCGAAUAGGUUAUGAAAUGGGAUGGUCUUAUUCCUGAGUGUGGACUUAUCAUCAGUAAAAUUGGUGUUAAACUGAGAGAAAACUUUUUGUGAUGUACCGAUCUUCCUGUUCAUGUACCAGUAUAGAUAUUAACUAAUUGAGUGCUAGGAGUUUAAAGACUGGAAGUUUUUUUUUUUUUGUUUUUUUUUUGUUUUUUUUUUUUUUAAAAAGGUUGUGAAUUUUACUGUAUAAUAUGUAGUGUAUAUCAGAAGUGGAUUUUUGUAUCUUAGUUGUCUCCCUUUAUUUUGUUUAGUAUAUAUUGAUUAAUUCACUAGAUAAUGAUAUGCAUCAAUUAUCACAUUUGACUGUAUGAGGAUACAUUCCUAAAUUUGUAUGUAUAGUGAUACCAAUAUCAUUACAAGUCACAGAAAUCUCAGACUCCCUGAACCUUUUUGUUUUAAGCAUGAAAGCAUCUUAAAUACUAUUUUAUUUGAAUAUUGAUUUCAUUAUAUUUACCAAGGAUUUAGAUACAAAUAUAACAAUGCAUAGGAAAAUUAGUCGAGAAAAUAUAGGAUAUAAUAAUUAUAUUGAAAACUUUUUGGAAUAAAUUCUAGUUUGUAUAGAUGAAGGCUGCUGGAGUUGUCUCCCAUAUGUGGAGUUACUCCGAUAGACUCUACAGCAAAAAAGUUUGAUAUGGAAACUUAAUUAUUUGGAAUCUGAUCAUUCAUAAAAGUAUUUUUGUAUAAUUUAGAAUUUACAGAGUAAAUUUUCAUCAAACCUGGAAAGUAGUUGUUAGCUUACAAUUGUUUGUUUUGAAGAUAACCCAAAUAUUACUAUCACUAGUACAGAUUUAUUACUUUUUGAGAACAUUGUAUUCAUUGAUAAAUAAAUUGCAUAAUGAAUUAAUAAUUUGAGUGCACAAGUGCAAUAUCCAGUGUAUUACGACUGUUGUCUCUCCCACAGAUAUAUGUAUUACAGCUGUCGUCUCCCCGAGAUAUCUGGGUUCUACAUUCCCCGCAUUACAGGUGAUGCAAUAUGUAAUGAUGAUAAAACAAUACCACGCUUAUAUAUAUAUUUUAUAAUUAUCUGCACUUGGUAAAACUUAUCAUCUAAUUGUCGAUAGAUUUCAUUUAGAACUAUGUUAUCCUUCAUAUUGUUACCUGACUUAUUACCAGUCUAUUCAGAUGACGUGAAGUAGGCCAGUUAACACAUGUACAUUGAUACAUGUAUAAGGUACAGAUAUGUAUGAUAUAGGUAUAAGUUUACAUUCCAGUUGAUUGGCCAGUGGUACAGUUGUUUUAUGACUUUGGCUGAUUAUCAUUGUAGAGUGUAACUAUUUGGUCCUGUAGUUAUAGACAAAUGACAAAAAAGUGUUUUGCUACAACUGAGUCAAAUGCAGAAAUCUGACAUUAUUGUGAUGUGGUUACAGCGAAAAUUUGGUACAGAAACCAGAAAUCAGACAUUGUCGUAGUGUUGUUACAGCCAAGUCAGGUACAGAAAUCAGACAUUGUCGUAGUGUGGUUACAGCCAAGUCAGGUACAGAAAUCAGACAUUGUCGUAGUGUUGUUACAGCCAAGUCAGGUACAGAAAUCUGACAUUGUCAUAGUGUUGUUACAGCCAAGCCAGGUACAGAAAUCAGACAUUGUCGUAGUGUUGUUACAGCCAAGUCAGGUACAGAAAUCAGACAUUGUCGUAGUGUUGUUACAGCCAAGUCAGGUACAGAAAUCAGACAUUGUCGUAGUGUUGUUACAGCCAAGCCAGGUACAGAAAUCAGACGUUGUCGUAGUGUUGUUACAGCCAAGCCAGGUACAGAAAUCAGACAUUGUCGUAGUGUUGUUACAGCCAAGUCAUGUACAGAAAUCAGACAUUGUCGUUAUGUGGUUACAGCUAAGUCGGGCACAGAAAUCAGACAUUGUCGUAAUGUGGUUACAGCCAGGUCAGGUACAGAAAUCAGACAUUGUCGUGAUGUGGUUACAGCUAAGUCAGGUACAGAAAUCAGACAUUGUCGUUAUGUGGUUACAGCUAAGUCAGGUACAGAAAUCAGACAUUGUCGUAGUGUGGUUACAGCCAAGUCGUGUACAGAAAUCAGACAUUGUCAUAGUGUGGUUACAGCCAAGUCGGGUACAGAAAUCAGACAUUGUCGUGAUGUGGUUACAGCCAAGUCGUGUACAGAAAUCAGACAUUGUCGUAGUGUGGUUACAGCCAGGUCAGGUACAGAAAUGAGACAUUGUCGUGAUGUGGUUACAGCCAAGUCAGGUACAGAAAUCAGACAUUGUCGUGAUGUGGUUACAGCCAAGUCGGGUACAGAAAUCAGACAUUGUCGUAGUGUGGUUACAGCCAAGUCGGGUACAGAAAUCAGACAUUGUCGUAGUGUGGUUACAGCCAAGUCGGGUACAGAAAUCAGACAUUGUCGUAGUGUGGUUACAGCCAAGUCGGGUACAGAAAUCAGACAUUGUUGUAGUGUGGUUACAGCCAGGUCAGGUACAGAAAUCAGACAUUGUCGUAGUGUGGUUACAGCCAAGUCGGGUACAGAAAUCAGACAUUGUCGUAGUGUGGUUACAGCCAAGUCGGGUACAGAAAUCAGACAUUGUCAUAGUGUUGUUACAGCCAAGUCAGGUACAGAAAUCAGACGCUGUCAUGAUCAUAUCAUCAACUUUCAUUUUGUAACCUUAUUGUUUUCAAUAUGUUUGGUAUAUAUUUAGUUAUGUUUAUUUUUAUUCACCGAGCUCACCAUCCAUCUUAAUAUUUAUAUUUGAAUUGUUGUUCAGACUUUGGUUUCACAAAACAUCUUAUUAACUAAUAUUUUCACUGUUACCUUAAUUUUGUCUUAGUUAAGGGAAACCAAGGCCUGUUGACUGUUGUAUUAACCUGGAGUCAAUUGUGGAUAAAGACAAAAGACAAAGAAAUAUGGAUGUGUUUGAUGGAAUGGAAGAUUUCUUUUAUGUCUAUUUUUCAAUGUUGUAAAUUGAAAGGGUUGAAAAAUAUCAAAAUUUAUAUUUCUGUACAACUUAUAUUGAGAUUUUUACAUGUUUUUUUGAGAGUCUGUUCCUGAUAUCUUAACACUUAUUUUUAGCUAACAUCCUAAGUACCGUAAAUAGCCAAUUUUUUUUUAAAUUUUUUUUUUUUAUACAAUUUAAAAUAUUAUGAAGGUUUAUGUACUUAUACAAGAUUCUGCUAAACCAUUUAUCAUAGACAUUGCUGUCUCUAUUUUCUGCUGGGUUUUCUCACUAAUUCAGAUCCAUAUACUUCUCCAUGACAAUUAAAUUCAGUGAAGAAAUUAAACUUUCAUCUGUGUAUAGAGGAUUACAGUAAGCAAACAAAUUUAAGUUAUUUUAUUUAAGUAAAUUUUAUGCAGAAAUUACUUCAGUAGGGUAUGACUGUGCAACUUUCAUUUUCUAUAACAAAUAUUCAUGGUGUACUGUAAUGUAUGCUUAUCUGUUAAACUUUGAUAAGGCAUUACAAUUUUGAGUGGAUUUAUAAUAAUAAGGAUGUAUGCAAUAUUAUAUAUCUUAUAAGUGAUCAGGCCAUUAUGUACAGCUAUUGUAUUAAAGCUGUAUGAUGCUAUAAAAUACUUCACAAAAUCUCCUUCAAACAUGGCGUAUGGUUCCUUUUCUUAAUGAUAAGCCCUCAGACAGAUACAUGAUAUCUAAACAAUAUUAUGAUAUAAGUAACUUAAAGAAUUCAUUAGAUAAAAUGAUAUGCAAAUGAAUCUCCCAAAACAUAAGCAGUUACAGUAUUUUGCAUAUUGAGUUUGAUCUACUUGGUGUUAACAUGGACAGUAUAGAUACAGCACAUAACAGAUGGUGAAGGAAUCGUGAAUCCUAGACUUGGAAAUAAUUCAAGGUCAGUUUCUGUCAAUCAGACCCACGAUACAACAUUUAUCUGUCCAAGGUCAUUUUCAUUAUGUGAGGGUAUGUGUUACUGGGAUUUGUAUGUCUAAAUGAAAUUUCCACUACAAGGCAAGCCUCAAAGUGUUCCAAGGAAAUGUUUUAAGUGAAUAAGAAUCUAAUUUCCAUUAAUUUAUUAAUCUGGAAAACUGGAAAAGAAGACAUCAGGCUCUGUACCAUAUACAUGUACUGUCAAAAAAGACUACAAGGAAAACAUUUCUUGUGAAAGUUUCUCAUAAUAAAUUAACUUAUGAAUUUCAAAGUGCUGCUGUGCAAUAGUUUUAAAUAAGAAAUGCAUAAAGAUUAUCAUUUCAAUUUAACAAUCAUUGUAUGAGAUGUGAUGAGUUUGAAAGUCGAUGAACACAUAUACUUCAGUAUAACUGUAAGAUAGCCAUGUCUAGCUGGAUGAGAUACUGUGCUGUAUGAUCUAUUGUUUGCGUACGGUCUGUAUCUCGGUUCCUAAACAUGAGUGUCACAGGGUACAUAAAUAUUGGUUGAGAGACAACUCAGAAAGAGUACCGGUACUGUAGCUUGUGGGUAUGUGUUGAAUAAAUAUACAUGAUCUGCAGGAUGGGAGUUCAGCGAUAGGGUUUAUUACAGACAGUAUGGUAACAAGGCAUAUCAAUUUAUUAUGGACAGUAUGUUAAAAAGGCGACCGGAUUUGUUAUAGACAGAAUGGUUAAAAGUCAGCUUGAUAUAAACAGUAGAGCAAAUAGAACACUUAAUUUAUGAUAGAUGGUACAGUAAAAUUGUAGACUGAGUAUGGUAAAAAGGGGGCUGGAUUUGUGACAGUACGGUAAAACGGGGACUCGAUUUAUUAUAGACAGUACUGUAAAAGGGGACUUGAUUUAUUAUAGACAGUAUGGUAAAAAGGGGGCUGGAUUUAUUAUAGACAGUACGGUAAAAAGGGGACUUGAUUUAUUAUAGACAGUACGGUAAAAGGGGACUCAAUUUAUUAUAGACAGUACGGUAAAAGGGGACUCGAUUUAUUAUAGACAGUACGGUAAAAAGGGGACUUGAUUUAUUAUAGACAGUAAGGUAAAAGGGGACGUGAUUUAUUAUAGACAGUACGGUAAAAAGGGGGCGUGAUUUAUUAUAGACAGUACGGUAAAAGGGGGACUGGAUUUAUUAUAGACAGUACGGUAAAAGGGGAAUUGAUUUUAGUAGAGUAACAAGUAGUGUUAUCUAUAUAUCCCUCGUGUUCAUGUGUAUGUCAAUGAAGUGUUUCUCCAUCUUAGAAUGAAAGAUAUUAACGUUGAGUGUGAAUUCUAUUUUAUCAUCCUAUUGUUUUGCUGUUAUGGUACAACAUUUUAUAUUGAUUAUAUAUAUAUAUACGUUUAUACAGUAUUGUAAAUAUCUUUAAAACGGCUUGUAAAUAAACAAACAGAGUACCAUGUGUAUAGGCUAAACUUCUUAAAGGAAAUUGUAUUCUUCAAGGGAGCUCACUCUUGUUGUAAUAGUAAGACUUGUUAACUAUUGGACUGAUUGGGAAUACAAUGCACUACAUAAACAUUUUUAUAAGAUC